AUGAUUUUGACACUGUUAAUCUUUUUCGGGGCUCUUUGUGCAAUAUAUUUGUUACUAGGAUUAUAUAAUGAAAAUUACUGGAGAAAACGUGGUGUGAAGUUUCAUACAAAAAGUAAAGCUUUCGGUCCUAUUGGAAUAUUUUUAACUUCAAAACAGGCGGCAUUUGAAAUAUUUGAAGACAUUUACAAAAUGUAUCCAGAUGAACCAGCAAUUGGAAUAGGUUCAAUGUUUACUCCAGCUCUGUAUGUGAAGGAUCAAACAAAUGUGCAACAUGUCUUGCAGACAGAUUUUAACUCGUUUAAUCACAGAGGUUUUGACGUGAAUGAAAGUGAUAUACUUGCAAAUAACAUACUGUUCUUAAAUGGUAAUAAGUGGAAAUUGUUGCGUCAAAGUAUGACACCCCUUUUUACAUCAUCGAAAUUAAAAAGUAUGUACUACAUAAUAGAUCGAAGUGCUCAAGAUUUCGUUAAAUAUUUAAAGAGUAAUCCAGAAAAAUUAAACGGUGACACGUUUACAACACUAUGUACAUUUUCUAGUGCUGCCAUCGGAGCUGCUGUGUUUGGAAUUGGAAAUGAGUCAAUUUUUGAUUCACCCUUCCUUGCAAUGACUCGAAAUGCUAUGAGUUCAUCGACAUUACAAAAUAUUAAAUUUGUGAUAGCUACCUUAAGUAGAACUUUGUACAAAGUUAUGGGUAUUAAUUUAUUUAAAGAACAUGAGAAUUUUUUUAUUGGUGCUGUAAAGCAAGUUAUUCGCCAAAGAGAACAAGAAAAAACAAGGAGGCAUGAUUUCGCAGACUUAUGCGUGAAUAUACAAAAUAAUGGUGUCUUGAAAGACCCUGACAGUGGUUUGGAAAUAUAUCCAACUGAUGAAGUAUUGGCAGCGCAAGCGUUCUUUUUCUUCGUCGCUGGUGUUCAACCCAGUGCGUCCGCUAUAUUUUCAACGUUGGUGGAAUUAGGGCGUAAUCCUAACGAUCUAAAACGUGUCCAUGACGAAAUCGAUAAAGCUUUUGAGAAACACAACACUAUAACCGUUGACGCCAUUCAAGAAAUGGAAUAUCUGGAUAUGUCAUUAAAUGAAGCGAUGAGAAUUCAUCCAGCGGUUGGAUACUUAACUAGAGAAUGUGUUCGUGAUACCGUAUUACCAGUUGGAAAUAUCAAAGUUAGUAAAGGUACCAAAAUAUUUACACCUAUUUUUGAAUAUCAUCACGAUCCAAACAUAUUUCCAGAUCCCAAAGUUUUUAAGCCGGAGAGGUUUUCCCGCGAAAAUCGGAGUACAUUACCAGACAAUGUUUUUAUGCCAUUUGGUAAAGGUAACAGAACUUGUAUUGGUAAUAGAUAUGCCACUUUGCAAGUGAAAUCAGGACUAGUUCACUUACUACGUAACUUCUCGGUAAAGACAUACAUGGACGGAGAUGAAAUUAAGUAUAGUAAGCACCAUACAAAUGUGGUUCCAUCCAAUAUAAAUGUUAAAUUAAUUCCUAGAAAUAUAGGACGGACUGUAUAG